AUGGCGUCAGACACGAAACAAUCCUUAACAGCUCAGAUAAGCGCCAUCCUUUCUUCAGACAAGGAUGAGAGUUCAGACAAUAGGUCCCUUGCUUCAGCAACGGAGAAUAACCAAAGGUCAAAUAGCGAUUACCAAAUAGUUCAACAGUCUCAGGACGAACUACUUGUCGAUUUUCAGGAGAACUCACCAAAAAACCCACACAACUGGGCAUUUAGCAAAAAGUUCUACAAUGCGGUUGUGGGUCUAUUCGUUGUUGUCAAUAGCGGCAUAUCAUCCGCACUCCCCAGCAAUGCAGUCCCCACUAUCAUGCAGGAAUUCCACCAGUCCGGAGACCAACAAAAGGUCUUACCAACUGCCGUAUUCCUCGUUGGAUAUGUGAUUGGACCUAUGAUAUUCAGUCCAUUGAGCGAAACUAUUGGACGGAAACCUGUGCUACUCUGGUCUUUCACUGUUUUUGUCCUUGCUACACUUGGCUGUGCUCUAGCGCCAAAUUGGUCCUCUCUUCUCGUCUUUCGCGCUAUCUGUGGUCUUGUAGGAGCUGCUCCUCAGACCGUUGUUGGUGGUAUUUAUGCCGACAUGUAUUCUGAUCUCCGAACUCGUGGUCGCGCGAUGGCGUUGUAUAUGUCGGCUUGCAGUUUUGGUCCCAUUAUCGGCCCGAUUAUCUCCGGAUGCUCGAUCAAAUAUGGAUGGCGAUGGACUUUUAGGAUCGAUUUGAUUCUGACGGGUCUUACUUGGUUGGGCCUGCUCUUCACGUCUGAAACUUUUACUCCUGCACUUUUGAAGAAACAAGCUGCCAAACUAAGGAAAGAAUCUGGAUCCAAUCGAUACUUCUCGCGCGAGGAGCUUAACCUGGAUUUGAGAUUGACGGCGAUGGAGAUUGUCACUCGGCCCAUGACAAUGCUCUUCUUUGAGCCUAUCAUCUCCUCAACAUCCAUCUAUAUUGCCAUUGCAUACAGUCUGGUCUUCUUUUAUUUCCAGGCCUAUCCCAUCAUCUUUGGAGGUGUCUAUGAUUUCACCAUCGAGCAAACUUCCCUCACCCUCAUCCCAAUUGGCCUCGGCGCCACUUCUUCCGGCUUCUUUGCCCUCUAUUACGACGUCAUCUACGAAAAGGCCAAAAAGCUCAACAAAGACUGGGCGUGCGGCCCAGAAGUCCACCGACUCCCCAUCUCCUGCAUCUCUGGGCCCUGCCUGACAAUAAGCAUGUUCUGGCUCGCCUGGUCAGCAAAGCCAAGCGUGCACUGGGCAUCAGCCGUGAUAUCAGGGUUCUUCUUCGGGUUCGGAUACCAGGCCAUCUUCACUUCGCUUCUUACCUACGUUACCGACGCAUAUAAGAUCUACUCAGCCAGCGCACUGGCAGCUUCCGUUAUUCUGCGCAGCAUUGCUGGAGCGGUUUUCCCACUGGCCGUUGCUCCGCUCUAUAACUCUUUCGGCGUUGCUUGGGCUACCUCCCUCGUUGGGUUUGUUAGCUUGGCUUGCAUUCCAAUUCCUUUUGCUUUGAUGAAAUGGGGUCCCUGGAUUCGAGAGACAAGUCCCUUCUGUCAGAGACUGAUUUUGGAGGAAAAACAAAGGGCCAGUGGAGCGAGUACACCCGCACAGGUAUAG